AUAAUGUGCAAAACAUAAGUUGGUAUGCCUUAAAUCUCUUGAAAAAACAAAUUUCUCAAAGUGUAUUAAACGCAAUCCAUUCACCUAUUACCUAACUGGUUCACUUUUUGUUGGACGGUGAAUUUUACUAUAAAACUGCCGGAAAAUAUUGUCGGAUUGGCAAUACAUAUCACACUGAGAAUGCGUCGUCACUUGAAAGUGUUUCUGCUGCUCGCACUCUUGGUCACUUAUGUGACGGCGAAGAAGAAGGAGGAGAAAGAAGAGUCUUCCGAAGAGGAAGAAGAAGAGGGCGAGAAGUAUCAUAAGGAGGAGUACAAGGAGAAGAAGCAUAAAGGAGACAAGGGUCAUAAGGAGCAUAAGGAAUGGGAGGAGGAUGAGAAGAAACACCACGAGGAGGAGGACCACGAACACAAAUAUGGGAAUAAGGGUGGGAAGAAGAAGAAAUACUACGAUGAAGAGGAGGAAUAUGGUGAAAAGAAGGAGCAUGGGGCGCAUAAGAAGGGCGGUAAGCAUCACCAUAAGAAAAAACAUAAGAAGGGCCACAAAGAAUUGGAGUACCAUAAGAAAUUCAAUAAGGACGAGUAUAAGAAAGAAAAGAAAUUCUACGAUGAUGAACAUAAAGCGGGACAUCAUAAGAAACACGGUAAGGAUCACAAGCAUGAUUUAGAGGAGGAGGGUGGUCACAAGAAGGGUGAACACUAUGAAGCCGGUAAAAAGAAGGAGCACAAGAAGCACAAAGAACACUAUCAAAAGGGGCAUAAAGAUGAAGAUGAGAAGAAGUACAAGAAGAAGCACAAACAUGGUGAACAUCACGAGGAGCACGAGGAGUAUGGCAAAAAGGGCGAAAAGAAGUCCAAACACAAGGAGGGUCACAAAAAAGAAAGCAAGAAGGAGAAGGAAAAGAAGAGCAAAAAGGAGGAAGAGAGUAAGGAUUGAACGAGCUAGAGUUUGACGAUUCGAUGCCAGCUCUAGUGCCUGAAAAUAAAAGCGAGUAUUUAUGCACUUUAUGUAGGAAACAGAAAUUGUGAUCAAACCAAGAGGUACCAAGCUGUUCUUCAUUGACAGCUUCUGGCUCAGUUGUUUAAUAAAAUGACAAUAUUUCUAAUAAAAAUAUAAAAAUAAACUCUUUCUAAAUGAAAAUUUUAUAUUUGAUUGUUAAGUUUCGUAUUUGGUGAGAGU